AUGGGAUCAGGUAGCUCACCUUGUGCUUCCUGCAAACUUCUGAGACGACGCUGCACCAAAGACUGCGUGUUCGCCCCUUAUUUCCCCCCUGAUGAUCCUCACAAGUUUGCCAUUGUUCACAAGGUUUUUGGUGCUAGCAAUGUCAGCAAGAUGCUACAGGAGCUUCCUGUACAUCAAAGAGCAGAUGCAGUAAGCAGUUUAGUGUACGAAGCAAACUCGAGAAUGAGAGAUCCUGUUUAUGGGUGUGUUGGAGCAAUCUCUUAUUUGCAGAAUCAAGUGGCGCAACUACAAAUGCAAUUGGCUGUGGCUCAAGCAGAGAUUUUGUGCAUUCAGAUGCAACAAGAACCUCCUAAUUUGCAGCCUCAAAUGGUUGAACCACCUGCUGAAAAUUGUCUUCUUUUUGCCAGCAAUAACUUGGAUCAUAACCUACAACAAUACCUCAGCUUUGCUUCUUCUUCUUCUAGCAGUUCUAUAGUGCAAGACUCGGUGAAAAUAGAGUCUCUUUGUGCUGUCGAUCCCUCCGGGGAUCAUUUCGUCCCCAAGGGGAGCCCAACAUACAUGUUCGGAAUGUAG